CUCAGAUCAUCUUUAUCGUUGCUCUCCUGUUUCCACAUUACUUCAUAUUACUAUAUCAAGCAGAUGAAGGUUUAUUUUUGGCCAAGAUAAAUCAAGUUCAGCAUGCCUUUGCAUACUCCGUUGGACAACCCACUUGCAACUGACGAUUUAUCAAAGCCUCACGUCUUAUGUCCCACCUGUCACCACAUCGUUCAAUCCUCCCAGGUCCUGUCACAUCAUCGCCGACCAUGGCAGAGACGAGAAUGCUUUCCUCAUUUCCCCACUAGAAUAGAGUUGAACGAGUCUACCGAUCGAGGAUGUCAUCUCUAUACUUUGAUUGCAUCCGCACUAUCGGGCAAGCCUUACUAUUCACGUGACAGUAUGAAUAGACUAGAGCACAUCAAGUUGGAAAUCAACGUCAUACGUCGUACGAACCAAAACUAGUUCAUGUUCCACAUAUUAGCACUAGCUGUAUACCCCACAGUGAUAAUACUUUUGAGGAAACUUAUCUUUGGGCCACUAACUAUCGCACGGAUGUAUUCUUGGCUUUUAUUACCUUGGAUUCUGG